AAAACGGUGCUGAAGGCACUUCAAUCCCGGAAGGAGGAACUAGAGGCCGAGAUCGCUACCUGCAGCUAUCGCCUGCAGAAUUCAGGCGUAGGACUUCACGCACCCCUUGUGGAUGCUGAGGGCUUUCCAAGAGCGGAUCUCGACAUACCCUCCAUUCGAGCCGGUCGGCAAAAAGUCCGAGUUCUGAGCCAUGACCUGGAAGAACUCACGCGUGAAAUGGAGAUUCAGCUGCACGCCCUGCAUGCUGCUGCUCGACAGCAGCCGGAUGCCGGGACACAGCCUUCCAGCGACGGAGCACCGCCGCCGCCUGCAGUCCCUGCCGCAGCAGAAGCUACUCCUUUUGCAGAGGUGACGGCUGUCGCUCCAGGCUCUCCGGCAGCUGGUUCCGGGAUGCAGCCCGGGGAUCGCCUCGUGGCCUUUGGCGAUGUCAGCUCUCAGACUCCGCGCCCAGUGGAGGGCAUGGCGCAGGUGCUGCCGUCGCUCGCUGGACGGGCGGUGAGGUGUGAGGUCCUGAGGGCCGGACGCCCUGUCACACUUGCCAUAACUCCAGGGCCUUGGGCGGGGAAGGGCCUGCUGGGAGCCACGCUGAUCCUUUUGUCAUGA